GAACAUUUUUUUAUUUUUCGCUAUUCUGAUUUUCGCUGUUUCGUACCGAAUUCUAUGGAACUUGAAGAAAAAAUAACUGCACUAUCGGAGACAACUCCAUCUGAAAAUUAUAUAGGUAUAUCAAGUAAAAUUUCAGACACCGAUUUACCCAUAUGUUUAAUUAUACUUGGUAUGGCUGGAUCUGGAAAGACAACAUUUGUUAAUAGUUUGGCAACAUUUUUAAACAAUAAUCAAAGCCCUCCAUAUAUCGUAAAUCUUGAUCCUGCUGUGUAUAAUACGCCAUAUAAAUGCAAUAUCGAUAUCAGAGAUAUUAUAAAAUACAAAGAAGUUAUGCAUAAAUAUAAUCUGGGACCCAAUGGUGGUAUUAUGACAUGUUUGAAUCUAUUUGUUACCAAAUUUAAUCAGGUUGUUGAUAUAAUAGCUACAAAAAAGGGACAAAAUAAGUAUGUUAUAUUUGAUACACCAGGGCAAAUUGAAGUUUUCAAUUGGUCAGCUUCUGGAUCAAUUAUUUCUGAAACAUUAGCAUCCACAUUUCCUACAAUUAUAAUAUAUAUUGUUGACACUCCUGCUAUUCAAAGUCCUAUUACUUUUAUGUCAAAUAUGAUUUAUGCAUGUAGCAUCUUAUAUAAAAUGAAAUUACCAUUUAUUUUAGCACUAAAUAAAAUAGAUCUUGCUGAACCUAAAUUUGCAAUUGAAUGGAUGAGAGAUUUUGAAGUUUUUCAAAAUGCAAUUGAAGAUGAUACCUCAUAUUCAUCAAAUUUAAUGAGAUCUCUUUCCUUAGUACUUGAUGAAUUUUACAGUGUUAUUUCAACAGCUCAAAUAUCUUCAGUUAAUGGAACUGGAUUAGAAAAUUUAAUUGAUGAAAUUAAAAGUGCAGUUAAAGAAUAUAAUGAAGAAUAUAAAGUACAAUUCGAAAAAUUACAGCAAAGGAAAAAAGAGAUGAAACUAAAGGAAGAAAAGGGGAACCAGGCAUCAAUAAUAACUAUACACGAAAUUCCUCUAGUGAAAGAUAUCGAAAAUCACACAAAACCAUCAAAUACUUAAUCAUUUUACUAAUAAUUAUAAAAAUAUAAAUAGUAUUGUGUGUAACUAUAAAGUCUAUUAUUCUGUUUAAUUGAAAAGACAGUAAAUUAUAAAUAAAUAGUAUAUUAUUCUGUUUAAUUGAAAAGACAGUAAAUUAUAAAUAAAUAGUAUAUUGUUGCGAUGAUUUACA